AAUGAACUCCUCGACCCCAAUAAGGUACCCUAGGUGUGCCCUUUACCCCUACAGGGCUACUCCGUACAAUGACUGUUGAACACAGAUGAUGUUGCUCGCCUGGCCAUGACGUCAACCGACCAUGUCUCUGCCCAGUUUGCGGUCUCCAGCAACCCCGAAGAACCAUGGCACAACAGAACCCUCUGUUUCCGGAUAUGGCUGGUUGGUGCAUCACACACUGGGCAACACUGUUGACGUACCUGGAAGCGUGUCACCGUCAAUCUGACAUCACCUGCAACAUGCUGCUCCUGUCUUUGCCUAUAUAGGGUUGCCAUCGCUCUCUAUUCGCCUCUACAUCUUCAAUCAUUCAGACAAUCAAUUCGGACUAUUAGCAAACCCAUCUCUCUACAACGACAUAUAUCCGAGACCUUUACGAACAAUCAAUCACAGCAAUCAUGGAUCUCCAAGGACAGCCCAUCGGUGCCUCCAGAAGCACUAAGGUCACCACCGACCCCCAAGCCUACAAGCAACCCAUCAACGAACCCUCCGGCCCCGUUCCCAACGACUCUCUCGCCGCCGAAUCAUCCACCCACGGGGGUGCCUUCUCUCAAAACCGCGGCGCCGAACCCCUCGGUGUCUCUGGCGGCCAAUCCACCCUAAACAACACCAACACAUCCGGUGCUACCACCCUCCCAUCCGCCGCAGUCGGCACCGCCCGUGAGAACCUCGACAGACAAGAAAAGUACCCCGAAGCUCUCGGCGGCCAGGGCAACUUUCCCGGCGCCCACUUGCCCCAGUCCGGCUACACGGGCGGCCCAACAGCCGCAAAGCAGGACCUGAACAUCGGUUCUGGCCAGAGCUCCUCGCACAAGGUCGGCGGCGGCGGCGGCGCCAGCGGAAGCGGCUACCACAGCCAGUACAACGCGGGCCAGGCUCCCUCGUACGUGAGCGAUGUCACCGAGCAGCUUGGAAACACCAAGCCGAAUGGCAAGAACAUCCAGGAGGGUGGCUUUGACAGCGACCCCAAGUAUAACGCUAGCUUCAACAACCAGAUCGGUAACAGACAGGACCCUGGUCGGGCUGCUUUGAAUGACCUCCAGUAUCGGGUGGCUCAGAGUGGUUCUGAUGCUGGUGGUGGUCCCAGACAGAAGGGUAUUGACAACCAGCAGCCCUACGAGGCGUUGGAGCGGGACCAGCGCGCAUAAAAGUGUACUAUUAUGACAGGAAUGAUGAUUUAUGGUGUUUAGGUCAUGAGCGUGCUUUGUUGUUUAUUUUCGGGGUUAACAACACAGAUCCGCGUUUGCAUCAACUGUACGAUAGAUAACAAAUGAGAAGCAAAUAUGCAUAGGCUUUUGUCGGUGUAGGGCGAAAUCUUCGUAAAGAAAGAACAUAAAUCAUACCGAACGCAACAUUCACGUAGAAGCACAAACAAUUUCGAAGAGCACAACAUUGCAAAACAGACCUGGGGAAGGAGUUCGGAGUAGGUCCAAAUAAUCGUAAAGAACAUGAAUCACACACAACGCAAUAUUCACGUAGUAACAAACAAUCUCGAAGAACACAACACCGCAACAGACCUGGGGAAGAACGUUGCAAGCACCCAUCUCACCACGACUUCUGUAGUAACGACCAUAUGGCCACUUGUUCCCGUAAACUCAUGGCGGUCUUUUGCUCCCUCGGCCAU